AUGGAUCAUAAAUUGGAAGCUUUGUGUAAAGUUUGCGGUGAUAAAGCAUCUGGAAAACAUUAUGGAGUGAUAAGUUGCGAUGGAUGUCGCGGUUUUUUCAAAAGAAGCAUAAGAAGAGGUUUGGCUUACCAUUGCAAAGAAUCAAAUUCAUGCAUUGUUGACGUCACGAGAAGAAAUCAAUGUCAGGCAUGCAGGUUUAAAAAAUGUUUAUCCGUCAACAUGAAACGUGACGCCGUACAACACGAAAGAUCACCGAGAACAUCUUUUCCUAUUCAUUGCACGGGACUCUCGUCAACCGGAAGACGUAAUAAUAAUAAUAAUAAUAGUAAUACAUAUUCAUAUUCCGGAAGUUUUUUAACGGCUGCCACGAGUGGGCCAUUUUUGGAUUUACCAACUUAUCAUUUUGUUUAUCCACAACCAUCUUUUCCAAUACAUUUCGAUUCACUCGUGAGCAAACAAAAUGUAUGGGAUUUAACAAUAUCAUCUCAACAAGGACACCCAGAAAACGUUUACGAAUCCGCGGCAAAACUUUUGUUUUUAACCGUUAAAUGGGCAAGAAGCAUUCCGUCAUUUUUACAAUUAACUUUUCACGAUCAAUCCAUUUUGUUAGAAAAUACAUGGAAUGAAUUGUUUAUACUGAGUGCUGCACAAUGGACGCUACCAGUUGACGAAGAAUACUUAGUUCGCGUGACGUCAUUACCUAAUAACAAAGCAAAAGAAAAAUUUGAAAGAGAAGUUAAAAAUUUUAAAAAAAUAAUAACAAAAUUUAAUAAUUUAAAUGUUGAUUAUACUGAAUAUGCUUGUUUGAAAGCAUUGACGCUUUUCAAAGCCGAAACAUCAGAACUCAAAGAUCGAUUGCAGGUUGAAAUGUUACAAGAUCAAACCCACAUAAUGUUACACGAUUAUUGCACAUCACAAGAUUCUCACAAAGCUCGAUUUGGUAAGUUAUUAAUGUUAUUGCCUUCUGUCAAUGGUUUAUCUAAAGAUUUCAUCGAAGAAUUACUUUUUAGAAAAACAAUAGGCAUUUAUAAAUGA